AUGCCCAAUCGCACACUUUCCGAUUACGGCCCCGUCUUCUGCAUUCACCGCCCACACUCAUCUUCCUCCAUCAUUUCCUCCGUCGUGUCUUCCACGCGCUGCCCUGGGUCUGACCGUGGGGAGGAGGAGAUUUUGCUGUUUCAGGACUUAAGUCGAACAACUUCUAGGCAUAAAAAGAUGUAUUAUAAGCCGUCACCGCCGAUGUCUGGUCCGGCAUUCUCAUGGCGGCGUCUGGUGUCCCGAGAGCGGCGGUGUGAUAUUGGUGCAAACGACGUCGCUCGUGGGAUUGUAGAGAACAAGCCAAGCCAGCCAUUUUUAGCUGAAAUUUUAGAGGUACCUCCACACUUCUUUAUAUUGAAUUGUCCGAACCUAAUUCUGUUAAUCACCUUCAAUUAG